AUGAAAAUACACACCGGUGAAAAACCUUUUUCGUGUAAUAUCUGUGAAUAUAGAUGUAUUAAAAAAAGUCGUUUGCAAGAACAUAUGAAAAUACACACCGGUGAAAAACCUUUUUCGUGUAAUAUUUGUGAAUAUAGGUGUAUUAGAAAAACUGAUUUGCAAACCCAUAUGAAAAUACACACCGGUCAAAAACCUUUUUCGUGUAAUAUCUGUGUAUAUAGAUGUAUUACAAAAAGUAGUUAUCAAAAACAUAUGAAAAUACAUACUGGAGAAAAACCUUUUUCGUGUAAUAUCUGUGAAUAUAGAUGUAUUACAAAAAGUCAUUUGCAAACCCAUAUAAAAAUUCAUACCGGUGAAAAACCUUUAUCGUGUAAAAUCUGUGAAUAUAGCUGUAUUAGAAAAAGUGCUUUGCAAAUACAUAUGAAAAUUCACACCAAUGAAAAACCUUUUUCGUGUAAUAUCUGUGAUUUUAGAUUUAGUUUUAAAUGCAGUUUUCAAACACAUAUGAAAAUACAUACCGGUGAAAAAACUUUUUCGUGUAAUAUCUGUGAAUAUAUAUUGUAUUAG